AUGAGCGUUCGCACCGACCCAGAGGCCAUCCGGCUCGUUGCCAGGGCAACAAACAAACUGCUGGACAGCCUGGGGGGCUUGGCUGUGGAGUUGGCAGGCAUGAAGUCGUGGCUGGACCUGCGCACCGAGCUGCUCUUCCUCCAGGUGAACGCCUCCUCCUCGCCCUCCGCUCUGUACCAGGCCGUCAGCAGGAUCGUGUGUGGUCACCCUGAGGGGGGGGGGCUGCAGAUCAAGAGCCUCAACUGGUACGAAGACAGCAACUACAAGGCUCUGUUCGGGAGCCACAACUCCAGCGAGGACCAGGAGGGGGCGCACUACGACAACUCCUCAACGCCGUACUGCAACAGCCUGGUCCAGAGUCUGGACUCCAACCCGAUGUCCCGGAUGAUCUGGACGGCUCUGAAGCCGCUGCUGAUGGGGAAGAUCCUGUACACGCCCGACACGCCGGCCACGCAGAGGGUCAUCCACGAGGUGAACCGGACCUUCCAGGAGCUCGGUGUGUUCAGGGACCUGGGCGGCAUGUGGGAUGAAAUGAGACCCAAAGUGUGGCGCUUCAUGGAGGACGGAGAGCAGAUGGACGUCAUCCGGACUCUUCUGAAGAACAACGCCACGGCCCGGCUCUUCCACGCUCAGCUGAGCGGCACCGAUUGGACGGUCUCGGACGUCUCUGACUUCCUGUCGAAGCAGGCGUCUGACCUCCGACCCCCCGGAGAGGUCACCUGGAGGAACGUCUUCAACGAGACGGACGAGGCCAUCCGGAGCAUCUCGCGCUUCAUGGAGUGUGUGAACCUGGACAAGCUGGAGCCGGUCUCCACGGAGGAGCAGCUGGUGGACCGCUCCAUGGUUCUUCUGGAGGACCGCAGGUUCUGGGCCGGCAUCGUGUUCCCGGACCUCGAGCCCAACGCCACGGAGCUGCCCGACUCCAUCAACUACAAGAUCCGCAUGGACAUCGACAACGUGGAGAGGACCAACAAGAUCAAAGACGCGUACUGGGACCCCGGCCCCCGUGCAGACCCCUUCGAGGACAUGCGGUACAUCUGGGGCGGCUUCACGUACCUGCAGGACGUCAUCGAGCAGGCCAUCGUCCGAACGCUGACCGGCACCAAGGAGAAGACCGGCGUCUACAUCCAGCAGAUGCCCUACCCCUGCUACGUGGACGACAUCUUCCUGCGGGUGAUAAGCCGAUCCAUGCCUCUCUUCAUGACUCUGGCCUGGAUGUACUCGGUGGCCAUCAUCCUGAAGAGCAUCGUGUACGAGAAGGAGGCUCGCCUGAAGGAGACCAUGAGGAUCAUGGGCCUGAACAACGGCAUCCUGUGGUUCAGCUGGUUCCUCAGCAGCCUGGUGCCCCUGCUGGUCAGCGCCAGCCUGCUGGUGCUGCUGCUCAAGAUGGGGGACCUGCUGCCCUACAGCGACCCCGGCGUGGUCUUCCUGUUCAUGGGAUCCUUUGCGGUAGUGACCAUCAUGCAGUGCUUCCUGCUCAGCACGGCGUUCAACCGCGCUAACCUGGCGGCGGCGUGCGGCGGCAUCAUCUACUUCACGCUCUACCUGCCCUACGUGCUCUGCGUCGCCUGGCAGGACUACAUCGGCUACGGGGCCAAAGUAUUUGCGAGCCUCCUUUCCCCCGUGGCGUUCGGGUUCGGCUGUGAAUACUUCGCCCUGUUCGAGGAGCAGGGUGUGGGCAUCCAGUGGAGCAACCUGGUGUCCAGCCCCCUGGAGGAGGACGACUACAGCCUGCGCACCGCCAUCAUCAUGAUGUACGUGGACUCCUUCCUGUACGGCCUGCUCACCUGGUACAUCGAGUCCGUGUUCCCAGGUCAGUACGGGAUCCCUCGGCCCUGGUUCUUCCUCUUCACCAAGUCCUACUGGUGGGGGGAGCCCUACGUCAGGUCCAAGGUCCACCUGAGCCAGAAGGCAAACCCAGAAGUGGUGUGUAUGGAGGAGGAACCGGCUCACCUGGAGCCCGGCGUCUACAUCGAGAACCUGGUGAAGGUUUACCCCCACGGAAAGAAGCUGGCGGUGGACGGACUGACGCUGGGGUUCUACGAGGGACAGAUCACCUCCUUCCUGGGACACAACGGGGCCGGCAAGACCACCACCAUGUGAGUA